AUGGAGAAUUUGGUUUUUGUGUGGCGUAGAUGGAAUGCGAUGUCAGCUGGCAUGGCAUGCAGUAAAAGCGUACGAACAGGGUUUGAAAGAACUAAGAGCACCCACCAAGAGUUGCAUAAAGCAAUAAAUAUGGGGAUGUUGCGAAAGGAGAUGAAAAAAAGUGCAAGAAAGUAUGCCGACAGCAGUUGUGCAUGUGAAGCAGUAAUAUUGUUUGCCUCAAAUAGGAGUAGCAAAGGACUUAUAUUGGAGGAAUGGGUCGAGGAAAUUGUAGGAGACAGUGGAAAGUUAUCCUCUUUUUUCCACAAGCAAGUGCAAGAAAACAAAGUCCCCGGAAUCAAGUGUCACUCUCCCUCCAAGGACAAGUUUGAUGAGUUAUGGGAAAUCAAUCGUACGUAA